CGGUCACACUGUUCGUCAAAACGUGUAAAAUUUCCUGCUGCUCUUUGCAUGAUUAAAAACACGGAAAAGGAAAGGAUUACCCAGCACAGUAAAUUAUUAUAUUGUAGCCUCGAAAUUGCCAGACGACAAUAUGUCCACCACCCACAAACAACGCUACAAAAAUGCCGCCCUGGAUUCCACUGAGAUGCGCCGUCGCCGCGAGGAGGUCGGGAUCCAGCUUCGAAAGACCAAGCGGGAACAGCAGCUUUUCAAGCGCCGUAAUGUGGUCUUGGAGCCAGCCACAUCCUCGAUGUCUGCCGGAAUGGACAGCAGCACCAGCCAAGAGCAUCAGGCCGGCGACAUGCACAUGGCGGACAGUAGCACCGGACAGCCGCAGUUUGCAGGACAUUUGGAUGGGGCCGCCGAAAGCGGAGCUCAGGUCUCUGCUAUCAGCGAUGAGAUGAUUUCAAUGCUAUACACCAACAAGGAAAGCGACCAGCUAGAGGCCACUCAGAAAUUCCGAAAACUGCUUUCCCGCGACCCCAAUCCGCCCAUCGAAGAGGUUAUCCAGAAGCGAAUUGUCCCGCAGUUUGUAUCCUUUCUACGAAACAGCACCAACGCCACAUUGCAGUUCGAGGCCGCUUGGACGCUGACCAACAUCGCUUCCGGCACAUCGCAACAAACCAAGGUCGUUAUUGAGGCCGGGGCUGUGCCUAUAUUCAUCGAAUUGUUAGCCAGUCCCCACGACGAUGUCCAAGAGCAGGCUGUGUGGGCUCUUGGCAAUAUAGCUGGCGACUCGCCAUUAUGCCGUGAUCAUCUCCUUAAUUCCGGAAUCUUAACGCCACUCCUGCAUGUGCUAACUACUUCUGAACGCAUUACAUUGAUACGCAAUGCGGUAUGGACACUAUCGAAUUUGUGCCGCGGAAAGAACCCGCCGGCAGACUUUUCAAAAAUAAUCCACGGUCUGCCUAUUUUGGCACGCCUGUUGAACUACACCGACGUGGACGUUCUCAGCGAUACAUGUUGGGCCAUCAGUUACCUGUCCGAUGGACCGAACGACAAAAUUCAAGCUGUUAUUGAUGCGGGUGUUUGCCGACGCCUGGUUGAGCUACUACUACAUCCCCAACAAAAUGUUAGCACAGCCGCAUUAAGAGCAGUGGGAAACAUCGUCACUGGCGAUGACCAGCAGACCCAGGUUGUUUUGAACUACAACGUUCUGCCCUGUAUUAGUCACCUGCUGCGUUCCACAACCGAGACAAUUAAGAAGGAAUCUUGCUGGACUAUCUCAAACAUCGCCGCUGGGAACCGGGAGCAAAUCCAAGCCAUAAUCAACGCCGACAUAUUCCCCAUGCUGAUGGUCAUUAUGCAAACAGCGGAGUUUAAGACCCGAAAAGAGGCUGCUUGGGCUAUUACUAAUGCCACAAGUAGUGGUACCUCCGAGCAAAUUCACUAUCUUGUCGAGGUGGGCUGUGUGCCGCCCAUGUGUGAUUUCCUCACCGUUGUCGACUCCGAUAUAGUGCAGGUGGCGCUGAACGCGCUGGAGAACAUAUUGAAGGCGGGUGAAAAGUUCCAGGUGCGACCAAAUCCAUACGCUAUCACAAUCGAGGAGUGCGGAGGUCUGGAUAAGAUCGAGUAUCUGCAGGCGCAUGAAAACCGUGACAUCUACCACAAAUCCUUCUACAUCAUUGAACAGUACUUCGGAAACGAAGAUGAGGAUCCUCGUGUGGCCCCAGAGGCCGGUAGUCAGCAAUUUGAGUUCAAACCGGACAACAUGCCCAGCAGCGGUUAUAACUUUUAGCACACCACCAAGUUUCAUGUGCCGAUGUUUUUUUAACUACGAACACACAGAGCACACUACAGAAAAUUGAGGCAAAGCACUGCGCCUGCCACGCCUUGACCGAAAUGCAGGACAAAAGAAAUAUUCAAGGGAUUGAACGAAAUGCGCCCAGGAAGGGCAGUCACUAAUAGCAUUUAAGAGAUGGUGGGGCCCGUUAUUAUUUCAUUAGGUUUUACAUACUCGGCUGCACAUUGUAUCUGCGAUUAUUUUUUCGUUUUUGGUCCUGGACCAGUCAUGACCUUUACUCAAGCAUUUCACCAGCUGGCGGAAUCGCUUUUACUUAGUUAUAUGUACUAAUUAAAUGUGUUAUACGAUCUUAUGUAUAUGUAUUUACUUUCAUUUUGAUUUUGUAAAUAUUCUAUAUUUUAUUAAGCCCAAUUUCGUUGAGAGCCUGACUUGGUGUUGUUAUACAUUAAUAGAGACACGCGUAAUUUUACUUUAUUUUGUUACGAAUACUUCAGAAAUCUAUAAACUUUUCAAUGUUUCAUUUAAUUGGAAGGAAAUUUGAAUAAAGAACAACAACCAGACCAGAA